ACUCGUCGUUCAUGGGGCCCGGUGAAACAAGAAUUGGAUCAACCAAGACAAAUUUCUGAUAAGAAACUGUCUGCAAAACUGUAUGAGAGAAAAUCUUCUGAAAGAGCUUCAAGUCUUCCCACUCGUCGUUCAUGGGGCCCGGUAUUUGCUGAAUCGCAACAGUCCGUCUGUCAUCAGAACAUAGCCUACCAUCUUCGAAGUGUCCCAGACUGUAAAAGGCCUGUCGCCUGCUCGGUGAAACAAGAAUUGGAUCAACCAAGACAAAUUUCUGAUAAGAAACUGUCUGCAAAACUAUAUGAGAGAAAAUCUUCUGGGGACCUAAGAGGCUAUGUAGCAAAGAUGGUACACAGAAAAAGGUGUUAUGGGAAGGAUGAAGGCUUGUUCAAAGAAAAAGAACGUAAGAAAGAAUAUUUCACUCAAUCACAAUCCAUUGGACCAAGUUUCAUUAAAUCAAGUCAAGAUAUGGAUGACAGUGAACCAUCAGUCGCACACGAGCUGCCAAGUAAAGGUACAAUGAAAUAUGGAAGUCACAUAGAAGACAUAUGCAAAUCACUAAGAAUGUUUAGUCAGGUCAUGAUCCCACAUAUGAAGGUAAUCUCAGAAUCAGAUGAGCAGAUCAUUCAACUGAUGAGUAAAACAGUAAAUUGGAUAAACAUAAAGGAUCCAAUAACUGAAUUGAAGAAACAAUCAUCUGAAGACAUUGGCAAAAUGUUUGCUCAUGUUUUAAUUGCUGUACAAGAUGAAACAAAUGUUUUAAUGGAAAUCCAUGAAUUAUGUACUAAUGAUAUUGUCAGUAGUUUAUCAACUGAAUGUGAAAAAUUAAAUUUCAAAUACAAUAUUACAGGACACUUCUAUAGUUCCAAAUCAAUUAAUGUAUCAUUUUUAAUUCAUCUGCUGUGUAAUGCACCAGCACUUCGGUUACUUGAUUUGAUAUAUUGUGAUAUAAAAGGUGUUAAUGUGAAUGAGAUUGCUGAUACAUUGUAUCAAGAAGGAGUUGUGUUGGAAUUAACAAAUCUUGAUAUCAGUGAAAAUAACCUCAAUGACAUCAAAGGUUCCUCACUUGCCACUUUGUUUGCUGUAGCUCCUAAGCUGAAUGGUCUUCACAUGAGAAAUUGCAGCAUCUCAGGUACUGUAAUGGAGGAUAUGUUUAAAGAGUGUUCUAGUAGGGGAGUUGUGUUGGAAUUAACAUGGCUUGAUAUCAGUGAAAAUAAUCUCAAUGACAUCAAAGGUUCCUCACUUGCCACUUUGCUUGCUGUAGCUCCUAAGCUGAAUUAUCUUCACAUGAGAAAUUGCAGUAUCUCAGGUACUGUAAUGGAGGAUAUGUUUAAAGAGUGUUCUAGUAGGGGAGUUGUGUUGGAAUUAACAUGGCUUGAUAUCAGUGAAAAUAACCUCAAUGACAUCAAAGGUUCCUCACUUGCCACUUUGCUUGCUGUAGCUCCUAAGCUGAAUAUCUUCACAUGACAAAUUGCAGUAUCUCAGGUACUGUAAUGGAUGAUAUGGUUAAAGAGUGUUCUAGUAGGGGAGUUGUGUUGGAAUUAACCAACCUUAAUAUCAGUGAAAAUAACCUCAAUGACAUCAAAGGUUCCUCACUUCUAAGCUGAAUGAUCUUGACAUGAGUGAUUGCAGUAUCUCAGGUGCUGUAAUGGAUGAUAUUGUUAAGGAGUAUUCUAGUAGGGGAAUUGUGUUGGAAUUAACCAGGCUUAAUAUCAGUAAAAAUAACCUUAAUGAAAUCAAAGGUUCUUCAAUUGCCACUUUGUUGGCUGUAGCUCCUAAGCUGAAAUAUCUUGUCAUGAGAAAUUGAUUGUAGUACCUCAGGUGUGGAUGAUAUGGUUAAAGAGUGUCGUAGUAGGGGAGUUGAACUUCAUAUCUCCUAGUAGAAAAAGUAAUUGCAAUCAGGUAGCAAGUUCUGAAGAGGUGUUUAAUGCAUGUUUAAUUAAUUGUCCUAAACUGAAACCAGUAAAAAAUAAGGAGAAGAAAUCAGCAUUGCUGCUUUGGGCCCCCCAGCCCCCCGCUGGUGCCACCCCUGUCGCAGUGGUAUUUGAAGCUUCGCAAAUUCUCACCAGAGGGCGCUCAGGGAACAUUGCGUCUAGUUGUUGAAUAGUGCUUGCACAUAAUGAGCUCAUAAAAAUCAUAUAAAAUCAACAUUUUGCCAGGGAUGACUGUUGAUUUGUUUUUUUUUAAUUAUUGAAGGCUGAGGUAAAAUUUAGUAAUAACUUGUACUGUUUGUCAUAUUAUGUAUUAUUAUUAUUCCUGAUGCUGCUUCAAUAAAAGCGAAAUGUAGAAUAUAUUUUUGGAGUGAUAUUCACUCCAAAAAUACCAUCUUUAAUGAUGAGGGCGUCCAUGGAGUAAACACGUUAGUCCAAAAUAUCGUAAGUCCCCCUACUUGACAUAAUUUCUUAUAUAUUUUUGAUAGAUCAACUAUCUAUUGCUUUAGUAAGGGACACAAUAGUUCACCGGAAACAGUAAAUACAAUGCAAAAGCAACGAAGCACUCGAUCAUUUACAACAGCCAACGUCCAGGCCGAACAAGUCAACUUAGCCGCCACGACUGAUGACCAUUCAUCUGUGCCAAAUACUGAGAUAGCUAAGUUGAGAAAGGAAUUUACGGAAAUGGCCGUUGAUUUGAAAAAGAAUUUGCAGGAUGGAUUAAAUAACAUCAACGCAAAUUACCUUACUCUCAUGACUAGAAUGAACUCGCUUGAAAAGAAGCAAACUGACCUAGAAACGUCAGUUAACUUCCAUACUAAUUCUGUCGACAAGAUCGUAACAAAAACGAAUGACCUUGAAAAGAAGGUAAGCACAAUGGCGGCGACUGCUGUAAAUGAUCAAAAAAGAAUAAACGAAGUUGAAAAGGGGCUACUCUAUAUUGAACGCUUAUUCGCGCAGCUUCAAUCUUCGAUUUGGAGGGAUUCCAGAAGAAAUUGGUGAGGACUGCAUUGGUAAAUUGGCUAAUAUUUUAAGAGAAGACCUCGAAUUGGAUGUUCAGAUUGAAAACGCUCAUCGUAUUGGUAGAAGAAACGAGGAUAAGAGCAGACCAAGGCAUAUUAUUGCUAAAUUUCUCAUUUGGCCUGAACGUCGGUCAGUUCUCAACAAAAAAGCUAUAUUUAAACGCAAAAAUUCUACUAUAUACAUUAUGGAAGAUUUACCACUGGUGGAUCUCAGAAAGAAAAAAGCAUUAAGUCAUAUUAUGAAAAAAGCGUAUGAAGACGGGAAGCAGUCAUCAUUUCGCAACGGAAACCAUUACAUCGAAGGUAAACUCUACCAAUCACAUGAACUCUUUACCUGAGACUCUUGGACUGAAAUUAGAACGUUACUUCGUAAGCAUAAACAAUAAAUAAAUAAAUAAAUGAAAUCAAACAUUACUUAGAAACAAAAUUUAAUUUUUUACAAUUCUGAUUAAAUGUUUCCUUUAAUUAACUAUAGCAGAAAAGAAAUGAUUGCAAUGCUUAGUACAUGAUUCCUCGAUUUAUGAUAAGUUAUAAGUUUCUUAAGUUUGAGGUUUUUUCUUUGUUUUUCGGUCUUUUGUUUAAUUUUAAUUCAUUUUUUCUUUGGAGCUUACAAAAUAUGAUAGAUUUCUGUAUUAAUAUAACUACCUUUAUUUACUAUAAUUUGCAUUAUAUGUAGUGAAGAAAUUAAUUAUAGGCACUCUCUUAAUAGAUGUGCACUAUGUAAUGGAUGUGCGCAUGGCCAUUGUUCUUCUUCAUCGCCCAGCUGGUAUUGCAUUUCUUGUAAUGCCUCGAUAUUUCCAUUUAAUCAUAUACAUGAUAAUAAUGAAUUUCAGCAUGAAAUAAAGCAAAAUCAAGUAAAUCAGUUUGUUGCCCUUGAUCAUUUGAAUUAAUUAAGUAUUAACCCUUUUGACUUAGAUAUAACAAUUCCCUCUACUUGUAGAUACUAUCUCAGUGGCAGUCUAAACAACUCUCUCCAAAAUAUAGAUACUAAUUUUAGUUUUAUUCAUUUUAAUUCACGAAGCCUUGUCAAAAACUUUACUGAAAUAUCAGAAUAUCCAGAG